AUGUCGCAACCCGACUCUCACAGCCAGCAACAUCGCUCCAUCGAGACACUACAAAUGACCGAUGAAAAUGCCACCAGCGCGACCAGUCUCCCGCCGACAGAUCACGGCCGUGAUGCGUACCUAGCCCUCCUCUGCUGCACCGUCGCUCAGGCGCCAAUCUGGGGCAAGCCGGACCCCCCCAUGCUGAAGCCUUUUGCAUCAGGUUACUCGGUCGCGUUCGGCAUCUUCCAAGAGUACUACACCAGCGCUGCGAGCCCCAUCCAGGCACCACCUGGCGCCUUUGCCACCGUCGGCGCCCUGCAGAUGGGUGUCAUGUACCUCCUGAUGCCCGUCUCGUCCACGACGCUGAGCUGGUUCCCGCGGCUGCGUCCCUGGUGCGGGCCUCUCGGACUGCUGAUCACCGUCGCGAGCCUCUGCACCUCGGCGUACGCGACCACCGUCGGCGGGCUGAUGGUGACGCAGGGCGCGCUGUACUCCAUCGGCUGCGGGCUGCUGUUCAGCCCCAUCUCGCAGCACAUGGACGAGUGGUUCGCCGCCAAGAAGGGCCUCGCAUACGGCGUCAUGUGGGCGGGCAAGUCACUCGUCGGCAUGGCGAUGCCGUUUGUCUUUAGCGCGCUGCUCCGCCGGUUCGGCCUCCGCGCGACGCUGCUGUCGUGGGCCGUGGCCUCUGCCGCCAUGAUGCUGCCGACGCUCGUCGUCCUGCGGCCGCGCGUGCCGCUGCAUCUGCAGGCGCGGAACCGCCGCGUGUCGCUCGCCUUCCUGCGCCGCCCGUCCUUUUGGAUGAUGCAGGUCGGCAUCGUCCUCCAGGCGCUGGGCUACGUCAUGCCCAGCACGUACAUGGCCAGCUACGCGACCGACGUCGGCUACCCGGCCGUGACCAGGCCGGUCCUCAUCGCCCUGUUUUCCUUGUCCGGCGCGUUUGGCGCGCUCUGUCUCGGCAUGCUGAGCGACCGCCUGCACGCGCACAAGGUGAUUCUCAUCUCGGCGCUCGGCAGCGCCGCGCCUGUGUUUCUGCUCUGGGGCCUGAGCAGGCACCUGGCCAACGUGGUCCUGUUCGCGCUCGCGUACGGCUUCUUCGCGGGCGGCUUUAGCUCGACGUGGACGAGCAUGGCGCGCGAGAUCCAGCGGGAAGACGAUGGCGCGGCCGACCCGGCGCUGCUCUUUGGGCUGCUGAUGGGCGGCCGAGGUGUUGGGUUUGUAGCGGGCGGGCCUCUGAGUGGUGCGCUGAUUGCGGUGCCGGGGGUUCUGACGGACGAGGCUCUUGGAUAUGCGACGAGAUAUGGCCCGAUGAUUCUGUGUACGGGGCUGACUGCGAUAUUGUCGGCGUGGGCGCCGUUCUGGAAGAUUUCCAAGGCGGUCCAGGCCGCCUAUGAAAAUUGUAUUUGGAAUGAUGUGCUAUAUCUCAAAGACGAAAAGCAAAGACAGGCAGACACCUCGCGUCAUCUUUGCCGACUGGCAGCAAACGCCGACCUUGGUGCUCAGCUUGUUUUCAUUUCUCUUUCAGCUUUCUUCAACCCUAUUACCCCUCUUAUUCAGAAUAUCUUUAAAAUCUUUCACUUUGAUGCGGAUAGUAUUUUGAUUCUACUCUCGGCAUCAUAUUCUAUUCUCGGGAUCAGAGGCUUUGCCACCCUGGUCGCGCGUUCAAACACUCGCGUCAAACAUGGGCGAAUCAGCUCCCAAAGAGGCUGGCCCUGCGGAGGAAGGUCUCAAUGGCAAGAAAAUUCGAACAGAGAGGAUUUAACAGUGCUAAUAAUUGUGGCAGGCACCGCGGUCACCGUCCCAGCUCCUAUUCGAACAACGAAGCUCGCCGACUUUCCGCUGGUGGUUCUAGACCGUACCCCCAAUCUCAGAUCAGACGGUUCUUUGGAAGACGCGCUGCGAGAUGUCAGCAUUGCUCUAUUGGCCUCGGGACCCCCUGUCAUCUCUGAGAAUGAAAGGUUACUCCUUGCUGGGCUGGAAGGACCCCAUGAAAACACAGCGGCAUUGAGCAUUGAAACCAUCAAGAUAGACUCGCGGGGAUCACUACGACCGCUACCGCGCAAAACCUAUUUCUCGACUAAUAGACAGCGCACCAUCAUCCAAGUUGCAGCCGUGGCCGAAGAAGUGCAGCUGGCGAAAACAAAAGCUCGCUUAUGCAAGAAGCUAAGCACAGCUUUUGGCCUUAUACCGCUGCAAGGUUCAGCAAUUGAUCAAGACUGGAGCGAUCAAGAGGAGAAGGAUUUGUGCCUUGCCCAGCAAUAUCUUGUGGCAUUGGAUACUUCGGAUAAGCGUCUUGUGCGAGCCUUGCCUGGGAUUGGACAGAAGGUGAAAUUACGUUUCGAUCUUCGAAACGCCAAAAGCGAUUUUCCAGUGGUGAAACUCGAAGAAACCCAAAUUGCCGAGGCAGUACAGUAUAUCUAUGAGGAAAUGGACACUGAAAAACGCUACAGCUCCCAUCCCGAUGACACGGAAUCUGAGUCUGAUAGCGACGAGUCCGACACCGAAACUUUGCCAAACCAGUUGGCAUCAAAUUCGAACUUGAAAAAAGCAAUGCAGAAACUGGUGCGGACUGUCUCCCAGUUCAGCGAGACAGAAAAUGGCCCAUUCAGUCGGUCCAGGGCCAUCCAAGCUGCUUUGAUCCUCUCUUCGGGUACCUGCUACGGAAGAGAUAUCCCGAGGGAAAGGAUCUUGUCCUGGGUAUCUGCUAAUCCAUGGUUUAAGCUCUCGCUCGCGCAUACUAACAAAUGGCCGGGCAUUCGUGUGAAGCCUCCGCCAGGUGUCAGGUCAUUGAAGGCCUUUUUCCAGGUUGAAACCAACUGGAAACCUCGUUGGCCUCGGUUCCUUCGAAACCCAACAGUCAAGGUGAAGAUUUCCUUGCCAAGGCAGUACGCUACCUUGCACGAGACAAUCGAGAAAAUGAGGCUCGAGAUCAAAGGCAAGCUUACCUACAAACCGGACCUUAAGGUACAAUGGUUUGAAGGUCAUGUUCAUGAAAAAUUAAAUGCCAUGUCUUGUCCAUCUCCAUUGAACUCUUGGUGGCUUUACAUACUGGACUUCCAGAAGAUUCCAGAGAAUUGUCAUCGCAAUCUACAUGAGGUAUUCCCUGGACUCGCCAAGCAUAUCAAGGCCGGAGCAUUCCAAGGAGAGCAUGCUGCGGUUGCCGAAGCCUUGACAAAAACAAAAGCAGGCAAAGUCAUUCUAAGCGGAUGCCCAGGAUCGGGAAAAUCUACCUUUUGCCAAAAAGUGGCCUCGGCAGUUGUGGACAAAGGUUGGAAUUCGACAGCUGGGUACGGCGCAAGCAGUCAGGAGGAACCAAAGCGCGCUCAAAUCAUCUACACAUCUCCUCAGAAUGAGCAAUGCAAGGAUGCCAUUAAGCGAUUCAAGCUCCUCAACCCGGGCAAGCGAGCUUGUCGUCUUUACGGUUACAAUAGAGAAUUGCAAGCUCUCAUCCGCGGCGAUGACGGUAAGAAACCGGACUUGCGCAAUGGGACAGAAGGCAAAUCUGCCAGCAAGCUGCAUGAAGCUUUGAAGCAGCACGCAAAGAAAUCAGCCGUUGAGCACGAAGAUCCGAGAAAUCCGCGCAUGGAUCCUCACAGUCUUUCGUCAAUUAUACGCGCGCAAAUAAAAGGGCCGAUUCUUGAAGAAUUGCAGAAAAUGUGGCAACUUUGGAAAAAAGACAAAGAAUUGUGGCACCGAAGAGAAGACGAUUUCAAGCGCAUAGGUCACGAGCUACUGGAAGCUUAUGUGGUAAAGGCGGAUGCGUUUUUCGGCACACUCGUUGCUGUUGCACAGUGUCACGAUCAUAUGGGAAAGUUUCAUGGAGUCUUGGGGAGGCCUGCACUUUUGAUUGUUGAUGAGGUCGGCCGCCUCACUGAAACUCAUGCGCUGCUUGGUGUCAGUCUAUGGCAAGAGGUGCCGACCAUCUUUGCUGGCGACAAUGAACAGUUUGGCCCAAUUGUUGCCACAUCUGGGACUCAUUUCAACUACUUUAUUCAAGGAGAAGUCUUUGAGUUCACGUCUCUCUUCAGCGCUCAAUCCGAAACAUCUUUCCUAGACCGCGCUGCCGCAAUGGGCGGCGUCGAUGCCAGGCUCACCUCGAACCAUCGUGUUUACGGAUGGGCAGGCGAAUUUCCCUGCAAAUACCUGUACAAGAACAAAAUGAUUCAAACGCACACCGAAGACUGCCCUGCUACCGAGGCCGUCGGUGAGUGGUUUGCGCGUCGCAGUUCUUCUACAAAGAAUUCGCUGUUUGUGGAUUUGGACUCUUGUGAAGAGGAGCAAGGCACGUCAAAGAUCAACCGCAUCUCUGCCUACUUUGUGGUGCAGCUCGCGGUCGACAUUGCACGUGAAAUGAAGCUGCCGCUGAUGGAAGACUACAAAAAGUUCGAGAAACCACUGGAAAAUACCGCGUCCAUCAGAAAGGGCCGCAUUCUGAUUUUGGUCGCAUACGCACUACAGAAAAUGCAAGUGUUGCAGUGCCUGAAAAAGAUCAGCCCGCACGAGGUGGAUAAGUCACGCAUCAGCGUGCGAACUAUUGACGACUCCCCCAGCCACGAGUCGGAGAUUGUCAUUGUUGACCUCGUCCGGACAGAGAAUAUUGGGUUCUUGACCAUUCCCGGGCGACUCAAAGUGGCCGCAACCAGAGCACAACUGGGCACGAUUUGGGUCGGUCACGGCAGGCUCUGCCAGCGAGAAGAAAACAGUCUCAGAAUACUGUAUAAUUAUCAUGAAAGCCACAAGGCUGUGGUUGCCGUCAAGGGCUACAAUCUCGUCUGCGAAAAUUGCUGGCGCGCUGGCCAUAUUGAACAUCGAUGCUCGGAAAGAAAUCUACGCUGCUACGUGUGCAACAAGAACAGCGAAUACAGUAGACGGCAUGCGGCACGAAGCUGCCCCCAAACGACAUGGCCUACUCCAUCGGACAGGGAAGCUGAGAGAUGGAUGUCCAGCCCAAAGUCGGUGGACAGUGUUGUCAGAGACCCCUUUGCUACCAAGUGA